CCCACCAAAUAGUGGCCACCCUGCGCUGCUGUUUUCUCAACAUUCGCAUGAAAUAGUUCAAUUUGCAAAACUGAUCGUUCUAUUAGCCGAAUUACACAUAGUUAAUCUUAGUUAAGUUAAGUUAACGCCAUGCUGGACAACGACACCAGCAACAACAACAACUGCAACCCACUAAAACUGCCGCUGGGCGACUUGAAGUUUGCGCUUUCUGGAAAGGAUGGCGUGCGCAGGAAUGUUCCGGCACUGGACGAGCAUUGGGUGCGCCGCGAGAAACCCUUUGGCAGCUACCCAUGCCUGAUGAGCUCCUACGGCCGCCUGAAAUCCGGUGCUGCGCUGGAGGAGUGGACCUUUGCGGCCAACAACUGCCGCCAGGACAUGGAGUUUUUGCUGAGCCUGAGUCAGCACGAAUUCUGGUCCUAUAUGGUUUAUGAGGAGUCGGCCAUGGCGGCCAUUGUCACAUUCCUGCAGCGCGCCAAUCCCUACUACAAACAACCGGAAGCCACCCAGGACAAGGAGUUGGAACAGGCCAACUUGCUGUACGGGCAGCUUCUCGAUCUCGUCGUCCGUCUGUUGAUGCGAUUGUGCACCGCAGAGGAAUCGGAUACCGAGUGGAUCAGCCCGCAGCAGCACAGCAGCCUUUUGUACAGCAACUACCUGAUCUCGGUACCCAUGCUCUUUGACCUGCUCAUUGCCGUGGGUGAUGCGGAGACCAGCAAUGUAGAACUGUUGCGCCAGAUCUUCGAGAAGGUGCUGCGACUGCAGCCGGAGUAUCGAAAGGAUCUGAGGGAGGCACUAGCCUUCUACGAGAGCGCCUUCCUCAGCAUGCAAAUCCAGGUGGAGAACGAGGGGUGUGAGGGCGCCGGAGGCGGGGCGCCAUUGGAUGCGGACUUGGAGACGCCCUACGACGAUGUGGUGCUCUUCGCCAUGGACUGCGCCUACACGCUGCGCCUGCUGCUGCUCCUCUGUCCUGAUCUGCUGGAGAAUAUCGAGCAACUGCGCUUGGCCCAGAGCAUUGCCAAUUUCUAUGAUAUGACAGUGCCCAUGUUGUACAAGAACAUAUACAUGGUUAACCCGGGGGCCAGCUCGCUGCGCUGGCUAAACGAGACGCGCCAGCAGUUCCUCUUCGUCAUCCGUCGCGUGGUCAGCUUACAAAUAGAGGCGGGACGCGGCCAGCAGCUGGUCGAACUGCUGCAGGAGUGCCUCUCCGCCCAGACCUUCGUGGUGGACUACCAGCGGCAGUUUCCCCUGGAGCACGACAUGGAGAUGCUGCUAGAACGCUGCCCGAACAUCAAGAACUACAAGGUGGACUUUGUGAUAGCCGGCUACCAGAAGGCCCUGAGCAGCUGUCCCGGCGGCAUCAUGGCAGACGACAUGGUCAGCAACCUGGACACCGAGGAGGAAGACGACGAAUACGAGGAUGAGGACUCCUCGCGCACCUCACCACUACCGUCUGCGGCGGCCAAUGGAGCCACCAGAGACAUCGACUUAGAGGUGACCGCUGUGCUUGACGUGCUGCCCGACCUGGGCAGGGGCUUUAUUCGGCGCCUGCUCACCCGCUACGAGAAUAGCGAGCAGGCCAUUGCCGCCAUUCUGGACGACAAUCUGCCUCCGGAUUUGGCGCAGAUGGAUAGGCAGGAGGUGUACGUACCGCCCGAUCCGCAGGACAAACUGCAACGCCAGACGGGCGUGCGCCACUUCAACGUCCACGAUGGCGAUCGCUACGAUGUUCUGACGCGGGAUCAGCCAGAGUGCAUCAUAAAGCAGGGCAAGGGCUUGCCGGGAGCGCCGCGCAAUGCGGAGCAGCUACUGGACGACAAACGCGAUCUGGAGCAGCUGAAAGAGCGCUACCAACAGUAUGCUAUGGUGGAGGAGACGCCGCUGGAGAGUGGCGAGUAUGACGAUGAGUACGACGACAGCUACGAAGCUUUGAACGAGGGUCAAGCGCCGCCGGUGAGCCUCUUGCGGGCCAGACUUCAGGGAGCUGCCUCCAAUUCCGCUUACGAGGCACAGGAUCAGGUGGAAGAUGACGAAGAGGAGAGCUCCGGGAGCGGAUCCGAUACGGAGGCGGCUAAGCGUAAUGGCAGAGACUUCUGCGAAAAUCCAGAGGUGAUUCGCGCUCGUUACCAGCAGCGCCAGAUGGCCAAGUACGGUCAGAGAAGUGGAGGAAGCGGUGGAAGCGGAGGAGGUGGUAGCGGAGGUGCUGGACAACAGUCUGGCCCCUCUGUAGUGGGAGCACCCAAGGGCCAGGGCCAGUCACAGCAGACCCAACGCAACCGCGGGCAGAAGGAGGCCCACAAAUCCUCGCGGGCCAAUCACAAUCGCAAAGCCGGAGCGGCUUUCAAGCGCAGCAAGGGAAUGAUGGGUUAACUUAAGACAAGAAAUCCAGUUGCAGGAUCAACAAAUAAAUGUAUUAAUACCUAGUA